GUUGCGGGCCGCCUUCACGAACAGCGAUCCGAAAGUUAUUGGGGGCUACUUUAUGGAAGCAGUGGAGCGCUGUGGGGGCUGCUCAAGGCUCGUACGAACCGACUUGGGCACAGAGAAUGUGGUGGUUCGAGACAUUCAGCGGUAUCUACGGAGAGAUGAUGUAGAUGACAGAGCAGCGGAGAGAAGUUACAUCACAGGGCCAAGUACCGCAAACCAGAGAAUUGAGAGCUGGUGGGGAGUGAUGAGAAAAGAAGGAAUCGAACAAUGGAUCACGCUUCUAGGAGAACUGAAGGAUGAGGGUUUUUUCUCUGGGGAUGUUCUGGACAAAGCUUUAAUACAGUACUACUUCAUGCCAGUCAUUCAGGAUGUAUUAAAUGAUAUACGGGAUGUUUGGAAUGCUCACCGUAUACGGCCCUCCAAGAACACCAACGUGCCCAGUGGGAUACCUGAUGUCAUGUACAUGGCCCCUCACCUUUGGGGGACAGAAGACUUUCUUGUUCCACUUACUGAAGAUUUGACCACAUGUAAAGACAGCUGCACAUUUUUAAGUUCAGUCCCAUGUGAUGCGGACGUGUUUGAUUUGUGCACAAUAACAAUGGAGGAAGCAGGCUUGGAGUACCCAUCUACCAUGUCCCAGUCACUUGAUUUAUAUAUUCAGCUGAGGGACUUGGUUCGUCCACAGUUAUUUGAGCUGGAAGUUUAG